CCUUUUCGUGGAGAGUACUUGUCUCCAGAGAAAGCGCAAAAUCAUAUUAGUUCAUGAUGUCACAUACUUGAACCUUCUGUUCCCGUUUUCUUCGCUUGCUGCAUUUCAUAAUUUCGGAGUUCCUGAAUACGGUAGUUUACAUUUGCCUACAUGUAUAGUAUACACGUAAUUGCAUCAAAAUGAAAAUUAGCAUGCUUGUUAUGCUAGCCGGGUUAUGUGGCGCAAGGGCAUUCAAUUAUAUGGAUUAUUCCAAUCUUUAUAAUGGUGAAGUACACUUGCAUCAGUCCAAAAUAAGCGGGCGCCUUUCAUGGCAUUCCGAUGAUCUUGAGUGGAAAUCGUGGGAAUUUUUAGGUCUGAAGUAUGCCUCAGCAGAGCGGUUCCAGGCGCCAAAAAUUUUUGACGAUUACGAUAAUAAGCAAUUCCGUGGCAAAAACGGUCAGCGGAAGCCAUUUGACACACCUGGACCAAUGUGUCCACAACUACAAAAGCGGAACAUUUCGGUUGGGGAAAGACUGGAUAAUGUCAGCGAAGACUGUUUAUAUCUCAACAUACAUCUGCCGGUCGUAAAUAAGGAGCAUCCGCUGCUUAAGCAAGAAGCCUGGCCUGUCAUGGUUUACAUUCACGGAGGCGAUUUUAAAGGUGGAGCAGGUCAUUUAUUGAACGGCACAAUUUUGGCGAAACAACUUGAUGCUGUUGUAGUCACCAUAAAUUAUCGUUUAGGACCAUUUGGUUUCCUUAGCCUUGACGACUUCAACGCACAAGGCAACUGGGGAAUAAAAGAUAUCAAAAUCGGUCUCAAAUGGAUACAGAUGUUUAUUGAUCGCUUUGGGGCGGAUCCAACGCGGAUCACGCUUUGCGGUCAAGAUUCUGGAGCGCUGCUGGCGUCUCUUUUACUGAUUGACCGCGAAAUAAAGAGCAUAGUUUCCGGCAUUAUCCUGUUGGGCACGAGUCCUGCCAGCUUUGCGGGGCAAUAUUCAGUGCGGCCUUUUGGAUUACCACAAAGCAUGACUUUAGCAUCCACUUUGGAAUGCUCAACUAAUACUUCCGACGAACUGCUCAAAUGUCUUCGCAACACACCUGAGCCGGAUCUCACAGCCGCCGAGGAGAAAAAGACCACCAACAGCAGUACACAAUCCGUACACUGGUUCCCAUCGCUGGAACUGGAUGUUGUACCAGAUGAACCUCAGCGAAGAUUUCGCAGCGCCACAUUUGAAGGAAGUAUUCUACGGGGAAUGGUGCCUACUCUGCCUAGUCAUCAGCAACUCCACAGUUCAGUUUUUGACAUAAAAAAUUUUAGUGGACCUUCAAGAGCAGUUUAUCAAAGCGAAGUUAGGAGCGAUGAUUACGACCUUUUGAUCCACACAAUAUCAGGACUUCUGCACUGUGAUAUGACCUUUGCCCAUCACGAUUUUAUAGCAACACACUUUUUAAACGAGAACGAUUCUCUGCUAAACGAAAACAAAGAAAUAUCGAAAAAGCAUGUGGAAGAACUGGUGGAUAAAAUACCGCUAAUAAUGGAAUAUGAGAUCUUUGCCAAACAGUCCUUGGAUUCGAGCAAACAUUCUAAUUAUCGUAUUUUUGACCUUGACAUUGAUUCAUCAAGCUGCGGAUAUAACACUGAAUUCGGUGUUGAAUCGGCAGUUCUUUUUGGAUUACGUAUGCGUGCCACUAAUCUGUCGGAACAACAAGUCUGCAAGAAAGUGGAGCGUCAGUUUCACAAUUUAUUAGCUAAUUUUUUGAGAGAUGGAAACGAUUUUGGAAUGUUGCUCGACGGAAUUCAUGAUCACAACCAACCUCGAAUAUACCGUUUACAGAAAGAUUUCCGUUGGCAUUUGGCCGAACAUGAAUAUUUGAGCGAAACAAAACGGCUUUUGGAUAAAUUCAAAGAAAUACCGUGUUUUGUAUGAUUUCUUUGGCAAUAUAUUGUCAAUUGCUAUUAAUGAUUUCAGAGGCAUGAUCUCUCGGAUGAUCCGCACUUCCACUGUGCACAUGCAGCUUUGUGGUGACGUUGUUGUUCAAACAUUUGUUAUAAAAAAUCACACAUCACGUCCUGACGACCAGGAGUCUAAUUUCAGGACAUCAAUACAAUGUACAGAGUUUUAAGAAAGUCUAAUAAAAAUAUUUCACUAGAUCUCAAAGUUGAUGUCAGUUGUUCUAAUACUCGUAAAAAAAAUUAAU